ACAAUUGACAACAAUAAUUUGAGAAUUGAAAUGAUCUCUUGACGCCUGCGGCCUGACGGUGGUGACAGGGUACCCGUAUUAUUAUACUACUCUUUAGGGUCAGUCAUGAUAGCCAUGGAAACGUGUGUAAUAUUACAUUAAUCUGUGACUCUGUAAUUCACAAUUCACAUUUUUAUUUCGGAAAUGACAGUAGUCGACAAACAGCUGACAGCUGUCAGUGUAACAUGGGUAACAAUUGUAAUUUGGAGGUUUUAAAUUGUUAGUACUUUCGGUGUCUGUUUUUUCCUAUAAUAUUAAGAAAUAAAGACGAUAAUUGCCAAAACAAUCAGUGAUAUACAAAUUACAUUGCGUGUGACAGUUUUCAACAGGACUAUUGCGUCACCAUAUCUAUAUCAAACGUUAGUGAAUAAAGAAUUCUACAUUUGAUGUUUUUAUUUUUUUUACUAAUAAAUUUUAUGUGUACUAGAUCCUUUACAAAAUGAAUGAAAAUUGUGGAUUUUAUAAGACGAUUGGUAUUUGGAUGUCUGAGAAAAAAAGCCACAAACUUAAUUGGAAGGAAUUAUUAAACGCUUGUACUACACAUGGCUACAAACUUGUAAAACUAGAUUUGGAAAAACCUCUAGAAGAUCAAGGUGAAAUGGAUGUUUUCCUUCACAAGCUAACAGAUAUAAUAGCAGCAGCUGAUCAAGGUGAUCCUAAAGCUUCUAGUAUCAUAGGAAGGGUGGAGCAGUAUUUAUCAAAUCAUCCAAAUAUAACAGUUAUAGAUCCAUUGAAUAAUGUGAGGAUACUCUUAAAUAGGUAUGGUUACUAUACAAUAUUAGAAGAUGAGGUCUCAUUACAAAAUAUUGGUGUUUUUACCCCAACAUUUGCUGAAUUUACAACUGCAAAUAUUGAACAAAAUAUAGAAAUUAUGAGGCAAAGAGGUGUCACAUUUCCUGUCAUCUGUAAGCCAACUUUGGCCCAUGGAUCAAAAUCGGCUCAUGAAAUGGUAUUGAUAUUUAAUGAGAGAGGAUUAAAUGUUUGUAAACCACCUUGUGUUGUACAAAGUUUUGUGAAUCAUAAUGCUGUUUUACAUAAGGUUUUUCUUGUUGGUAAUAGGUAUCACAUAUGUCAACGUCCCAGCCUUAAAAACUUUUAUGCAUCAGACGAUAUAGACCCAAUAUUCUACAGCACAGGUGAAGUUUGUAAAGCAGACAGUCAAUCAACUCUGUCUAUAUUGGACCCACAUGACAAACCAGAUGUUACAAUGCACCCAAACGAAGAUAAAAUAAAAUCUAUUAUUAAAGUGCUGCGGAAAAGAAUUGGCCUGCUUUUAGCUGGCUUUGACGUUGUGAUAGACAAUGUGUCAGGUAAUCACGCUGUUAUAGAUAUUAACGUUUUCCCUAGUUAUGAUAAUUUCCCCAAUUUUUUUAAUCAUUUAUUGGAUUGUAUACAAGAUAAUGUUAGGAUAUUAAAUGGUGACAGUAGUUACGACGAUUGUGUCAAUAACCACAGGCCUAACGGCUUAAUUAAUAUUGGUGUUAGCUCUGUUCAGUAUGGUGUAACUGGAAUGAAUAUUAAUUAGUGGCUAGUAUGAUAAUUGACUUGAAAAUUAUACAAAUUGAUUCAGUACUACCAAUUUAUCUAUCAAUGGAUGUGGAUCUGUUCAUGUUUUAAUUCCCUAGUAUUAGGUCAAUAAGAAAUUCCAUAUACUAUAUUCAUUUUACCUAAUAAACUAUCAUCUGAACAACCUUUUUCCA